AUGAAGCUGCUCUCUUCCUACGUGGCACUGGCGGCCGCUGGCCUCUCUGCAGUCGACGCCGCCGAGUUUGUCUUCAACAACAAGUGCAGCUACACCAUCAACCUCUACGCCGCCCACGGCAAGCACCUCUGUGACAUCGCGCCCGGCCAGACGCGCGACAAGAGCUGCGGCGUCACCAUCUCGCACGAAAAGCCAGGCAUCUUUCGCCACACGGCGUCCGACCAAGUCAACCUCAUCGAGUAUGUGCUCAACGGGCGUCUGUGGUAUGACUUUAGCAACAUCCCGCCCAUGCCGGGCAACUGCAACAGCUUCCAGGACUGCAAGGAGAAGACCAAGGCUGUCGGCUUCAACGUGCCCAUGUCGCUGACGCCGACGCGUCACAAGGGCAAGGCCAACUGCAAGGCGCUUCUCGACGACAAGCCGGACGCGCCAGACGCCUACCUCUUCCCCGCCGACACCAAGACGCACGACUGCCCCGCCGACGAGGCCUUCGAGCGGCCUCGUCUCGGGCGUCCCGGCAUGGGCGUUGACUUUACGAACGGCGGCACCAACAACGACAUUGGCAACGGCCCGGUGUCGGGAUCGACAACCGAGCAGCUCGCGCAGUGCUGCGCGAUGUGCCACAAGAACGACAAGUGCGUCGCGUACUCGGUCGGCUACGGCUCGUGCUACAUGAAGUCGAGCGUCGGCGUGCCGCGUGUGAACGCGCACGUGUCGUCGGGCAUCAAGGGCGCGGGCCCGUCGAUCCAGUGGAAGCAAGAUUACUGGGGCAACGACAUUCGCGGUAUCGACGUGCCUGGGUCGGCGGUCGACCAAGCGACGAUGUGCCACAGCCUCUGCAAGACGACGUCCAACUGCGCCGGCUUCACCAUGAACGGCGGUCGCUGCUACCUCAAGAGCCAGCUCGCCAAUGGCUACAAGAGCGACACGGCGUACUCGGGCACCAAGAACUAG